AUGAUUCGUUACCCUGGCAAUGUCAUCCACAUCGAAACUCGACAGCAAACGCGGUCGUAUAACUAUUACGUACAAAGCGAUAACCUUUCGAUCGAGGAGGUUGUUUGGUGGAAUGCAUUAAAAGAGAAUAUCCUGAGCUUGACACCCUUGGACCCCUUCAUUUCCCCUUUGAUGAUCACUUGUCUCUUAAGAGCUACCAGAAAUCAAAGGCUUCGCAUGAUGGCUUCUACAAAAUCACUCAAUGGAACAGGUUCAAAACUUACGAACAGUCAGUUUGCAGCUAAGCAGAACCUAGCUGAUGCAAAGAGCAAUGAUCGUUCGCAGACCCAAACAGUUCAUAUCGCAAAGCCAGAGAAGGGAAAGUCGUUGACCGAUUUUCAAAGCGUUUAUAACGCUAUUGCGACAAAGAUGAAAAGCGAGAGUGAUUAUGACGAUGGCACGGGGUAUGGGCCCGUUUUGGUUCGUCUGUCAUGGCACUCUUCCGCCACAUAUAACAUACAUGAUAAUUCUGGUGGAUCGUACGGAGGGACGUUCAGAUUCAAAAAAGAAGCCAGUGACCCGCUCAGCAAAGGAUUAGAGAAUGCCACGAAAUUCCUGGAUCCUAUUCAUGAGGAAUUUCCUUGGAUAUCACAUGGAGAUUUGUAUACUAUAUGUGGUGUGACCGCCAUACAGGAACUCGGAGGGCCAAAAAUUCCAUGGAGACAGGGAAGAGUGGACACAGGUCCAGAGACAGUGCCGGCCCAAGGAAGAUUGCCAGUUCCUGAAGGAGACGCCACUUAUGUCAGAAAAUAUUACGAGAGGUUUGGCUUCGACGAUCAGGAGGUUGUUGCUCUCUUAGGUGCUCAUAUUUUGGGCAAGACUCAUUUGAAAAACUCCGGUUACGAUGGACCUUGGGACGAUGAUACUAACAUUUUCACUAAUGAAUUUUUUGGAAACUUAUUAGAGAGGGACUGGACAUUGGAAAAGAAUGACUCAGGAAGAAUGCAAUACAAUGCCAAGGGCGGAAUAAUGAUGUUGCCUACUGACUAUGCUCUAGUACAAGAUCCAAAAUACUUGAAAUAUGUCCAGAAAUACGCCAAAGAUCAGGAUGCCUUCUUUUCAGACUUUAGGGAUAUUUAUGUGAAGCUUUUGGAAAGCGGUAUUGAUUUUGAUGAAUCAAUUGAACCAUUUGUUCUAAAAACUUUAAAGGAACAGUCGGAAUAA